GGUGCUGGACAUUGAACAAGAAAUGACCAAGUUUGCAGGUUACUAUGCAGGAAUUGGUUGUGCCGUACUUGUGUUAGGAUACCUCCAAAUCUGCCUUUGGGUUACGGCUGCAGCUCGUCAGAUACAAAAAAUCAGGAAAGCUUAUUUCAGGAAAGUAAUGCGAAUGGAUAUAGGCUGGUUUGACUGUACAUCUGUAGGAGAACUGAACACCCGAAUUUCUGACGAUGUUAACAAAAUUAAUGAGGCUAUUGCUGACCAAGUAGCAAUCUUCAUCCAGCGCUUAACUACCUUUGUGUGUGGAUUUUUACUGGGAUUUGUCAGUGGCUGGAAAUUGACCUUGGUUAUCAUUGCAGUCAGCCCUCUGCUCGGGGUUGGAGCAGCUGUCUAUGGCUUGGCUGUGGCAAAACUAACUGGCCGAGAAUUAAAAGCUUAUGCAAAAGCUGGAGCUGUGGCUGAUGAAGUCCUCUCAUCUGUCAGAACAGUGGCUGCUUUUGGUGGGGAGAAGAAAGAAGUUGAAAGAUAUGAUAAGAAUCUGGUGUUUGCUCAGCACUGGGGAAUUCGAAAAGGAAUAAUAAUGGGAUUAUUCACUGGUUACAUGUGGUUCAUCAUUUUCCUGUGUUAUGCAUUAGCCUUUUGGUAUGGCUCCAAACUUGUCCUUGAAGAAGAAGAGUAUUCACCCGGCAGUCUUUUGCAGGUUUUCUUUGGUGUUUUAGUAGGAGCUUUAAAUCUUGGCCAGGCAUCUCCCUGUCUAGAAGCCUUUGCCACGGGCCGAGGGGCUGCAGCAAACAUUUUUGAGACAAUAGAUAAAAAACCUGCCAUUGACUGCAUGUCAGAAGACGGCUACAAGCUGGAUAAAGUACGAGGUGAAAUUGAAUUUCAUAAUGUUACAUUCCAUUAUCCCUCCAGACCAGAUGUAAAGAUUUUGGAUAACCUUAAUAUGGUUAUUAAAGCAGGGGAGACAACAGCUUUUGUUGGAGCUAGUGGAGCUGGAAAAAGUACAACAAUACAGCUCAUCCAGCGUUUCUAUGACCCCACUGAUGGCAUGGUUACCCUGGAUGGCCACGACAUUCGUUCCCUUAAUAUCCAGUGGCUACGCUCACAAAUUGGUAUUGUUGAACAAGAGCCAGUGCUGUUUGCCACUACGAUUGCGGAGAACAUUCGCUAUGGUCGGGAUGAGGCUACCAUGGAAGACAUAAUCAAAGCAGCCAAACAGGCCAAUGCUUACAAUUUCAUCAUGGACUUGCCGCAGCAAUUUGACACUCAUGUUGGAGAAGGUGGAAGCCAGAUGAGUGGAGGUCAAAAACAGAGGAUAGCUAUUGCUCGAGCUCUUCUACGAAACCCAAAAAUCCUGCUACUCGAUAUGGCUACGUCAGCGCUCGAUAAUGAAAGUGAAGCUACUGUCCAAGAAGCACUUCAUAAGGCUCGUCUUGGCCGCACAGCAAUCUCGAUAGCUCACCGCCUGUCAGCUAUCAAAGCUGCUGAUGUCAUCAUUGGGUUUGAACAUGGAAGGGCUGUGGAGAGAGGAACUCAUGAGGAACUCUUGAAGAGGAAAGGUGUUUAUUUCAUGUUGGUGACCUUGCAAAGCAAAGGAGACACAGCACUUAAUAGAGAAGCAACAGAAACAGCAGAAAAUAAUGUGGUUGAGCCAAAUCUUGAGGAAGUCCAGUCAUUCAGCAAAGGAAGCUAUCGGGCCAGUUUGCGAGCUUCGCUUCGGCAGCGGUCCAGAUCUCAGCUCUCUAAUGUGGUUCCUGACCCUCCAUUAUCCAUUACAAGGGAUCACGCAGAGUCUAUGUAUCUUAUGCCUUCUUACAGAGAAAAUGAUGAACAAGUAAAAAAGGAAUCUGUUGUUGUGGAGGAAGAUGUCAAGCCUGUACCAUUUACCAGAAUUUUGAAAUACAAUGCCUCUGAAUGGCCAUACAUGGUGCUUGGAUCUCUGGCAGCAGCUGUGAAUGGAGCAGUCAGUCCACUCUAUGCUUUGUUAUUCAGUCAGAUUCUUGGGACCUUCUCCAUUCUUGAUGAAGAAGAACAAAGAAUCCAGAUCAAUGGUGUCUGCCUGCUCUUUGUCUUUGUUGGAAUUCUUUCAUUUUUCACACAGUUUCUACAGGGAUACACCUUUGCCAAGUCUGGUGAGCUGCUUACAAGGCGGUUAAGGAAAAUUGGUUUCCAGGCUAUGCUAGGGCAAGACAUUGAGUGGUUUGAUGACCGGAAGAACAGCCCUGGUGCUUUGACUACAAGACUUGCAACAGAUGCCUCACAGGUCCAAGGGGCAACUGGAUCACAGAUAGGAAUGAUUGUCAAUUCCUUUACCAACAUUGGGGUGGCCCUGAUCAUUGCUUUCUACUUCAGUUGGAAGCUGAGUUUAGUUAUACUGUGUUUCCUGCCAUUUUUGGCCUUAUCUGGAGCUGUGCAGGCUAAAAUGCUGACAGGAUUUGCCUCUCAGGACAAGAAAGCACUGGAAGCUGCUGGAAGGAUUGCCAGUGAAGCCCUCUCUAACAUCAGGACUGUAGCUGGCAUAGGGAAGUUUAUCAACAACUUUGAGAAGCAUCUGGAUAUGCCCUAUAGAGGUGCAAUCAAAAAAGCACACGUUUACGGACUCUGCUUUGGCUUUGCCCAGAGCAUAGUGUUCAUCGCCAACGCUGUCUCUUACAGAUAUGGUGGGUUUCUAGUUGACACUGAAGGACUCCAUUACAGCCUUGUGUUCAGGGUGAUCUCUGCUAUUGUGACCAGUGGAACUGCUUUGGGAAGAGCUUCUUCCUAUACCCCAAACUACGCCAGAGCCAAAACAUCUGCUGCACGCUUUUUCCAACUGAUCGAUCGGCUUCCUAAAAUCAGUGUUUACAGUGAAAAAGGGGAAAAAUGGGAUGAUUUCAAGGGAAGCAUUGAAUUUCUUAACUGUAAAUUCACAUACCCUUCUCGGCCUGAUAUUCAGGUCCUGAAAGGCCUCUCUGUAGCUGUUAAACCUGGACAGACUUUGGCAUUUGUUGGAAGUAGCGGCUGUGGUAAGAGCACCAGUGUCCAGCUUCUAGAGCGUUUCUAUGACCCUGAGACAGGAAGCGUGCUAAUAGACGGACAUGACACCAAGAAAAUAAAUGUACGGUUUCUUAGAUCCAAAAUUGGAAUAGUGUCCCAGGAGCCUGUGCUAUUUGACUGCAGCAUUGCUGAUAAUAUCAAAUAUGGCAGUAACACCAAAGAAAUGAUGAUGGAAAAAGUCAUAGAAGCAGCCCAGAAGGCUCAGCUGCAUGAUUUUGUCAUGUCACUGCCUGAUAAAUACGAAACUAAUGUUGGGGCUCAAGGAUCCCAGUUGUCUCGUGGGCAAAAACAACGCAUCGCUAUAGCAAGGGCCAUCAUACGAGAUCCUAAAAUUUUAUUACUGGAUGAAGCUACGUCUGCCUUAGACACAGAAAGUGAAAAGACUGUGCAGGCAGCGCUGGAUAAGGCCAGAGAAGGGCGUACCUGCAUCGUCAUUGCUCACCGCUUGUCCACAAUCCAGAAUGCCAACAUCAUCGCCGUGAUGUCACAAGGAGUCAUCAUUGAAAGGGGCACUCAUGACGAACUGAUGGCCAUGGAAGGAGCUUAUUACAAGCUUGUUACCACUGGAGCCCCAAUUAGCUGA